CGCAACGUCCUUCUCGCAUCCCUUUUUUUCGGCGUGGGAAAACCAACCUCGCGGCUUUCAACACCUUCGCUCGGCGUAUAUCCAGCAUCAGAAACUACAUACAACAACAACAACAACAACAACAACAACAACAUGGCCGAAGAAGUCUCGCAGCAGUACGACACCAUCCUCAUCCUGGACUUUGGCUCCCAGUACACCCACUUGAUUGCAAGGCGUAUCAGAGAGCUCGGCGUCUACUGUGAAUUGCUCGCUUGCACAGUCAAGGUCUCCGAACUCAAGUUCAAGCCUGCCGGUAUCAUUCUGUCCGGAAGUCCCUACUCCGUAUAUGACAAAGACGCACCUCACGUCGACCCGGCAAUUUGGGGGCUGGGACUCCCCAUCCUUGGGAUCUGCUAUGGGCUGCAGGAAAUCGCAUGGACAAAAGGCGGAAAGGUAGAACCCCACGACAAGCGCGAGUACGGCAAAGCCACCAUCCAGAUCCAACCCGAGAACCAACUCUUCGCCGGUCUCACCAACGACAUCACCGUAUGGAUGAGCCACGGCGACCAGCUCUCCCAACCACCAGCCGGUUUCACCUCGGUCGCCCACACCGCCACCUCUCCCUUCACCGCCAUCGAGAAGCACGACGAGCGGAUAUACGGACUGCAGUUCCACCCUGAAGUCACCCACACGCCCGAGGGAUCCAUCAUCCUCAAAAAUUUCGUCAUUGGAAUCUGCAAUGCGACUCCCAACUGGACCAUGGCGUCCUUUGUCGACAAGGAGAUUGAGCGGAUCCGGAACGUUGUCGGACCAACCGCACAGGUCAUCGGCGCCGUCAGCGGUGGUGUUGACAGCACCGUCGCCGCGAUGAUCAUGAGCAAAGCCAUCGGCGACCGGUUCCACGCCAUCCUGGUCGACAACGGCGUGAUGCGUCUCAACGAGUGUCAGAUCGUGCAGGAGACCCUGCAAAAGCAUCUCGGGAUCAACCUCACUGUCGCUGAUGCCCACGAUCUCUUCUUGGGCCGCUUGAAGGGUGUAACUGACCCUGAGAAGAAGAGGAAGAUCAUUGGAAACACCUUCAUUGAGGUGUUUGAAGCUGAGGGGCUUAAGAUCGAGGCGCAGGUUGAGCAGGAGGGAAGGGGGAAGAUUGAGUUCUUGCUGCAGGGCACAUUAUACCCUGAUGUCAUUGAGUCUAUCUCGUUCAAGGGUCCUUCUGCUACCAUCAAGACGCAUCACAACGUCGGCGGCCUCCUCGACGACAUGAAACUCAAAGUGAUCGAACCCCUCCGCGAGCUCUUCAAAGACGAAGUCCGCGCCCUCGGCGCCAUCAUGGGCAUCGACGACGAGCUCGUCUGGCGACACCCCUUCCCCGGCCCGGGCAUCGCUAUCCGGAUCCUCGGUGAAGUCACACCGGAGCAGGUCGCGAUCGUCAGACAGGCGGAUCAUAUCUAUAUCUCGGAGAUUAAGGCGGCGGGGCUUUAUAGGAAGAUUUCGCAAGCCUACGCAGCCCUCCUCCCCAUCCGCUCCGUCGGCGUCAUGGGCGACAAACGCACCUACGAGCAAGUUAUCGCCCUGCGCGCAGUCGAAACAAAAGAUUUCAUGACCGCAGACUGGUACGAGUUCCCUUACGACGUCCUCAAGCGCAUCUCGAGCAGGAUCAUCAACGAGGUGCAGGGAGUUAACCGCGUCGUGUAUGAUGUGAGCUCGAAGCCACCCGCGACGAUCGAGUGGGAAUAGGCUUGUUGAGGGAUAUGUUGUGGUGGUGCGGGACGUGCUUAGAUGUUGUCUGUGUUCCAUUUUUAUCAUUUUUUUUCGCAUGUGUUUAUUUAUACAGAACAUGAUAGAUUUGCUAC